CUGCACUUCGGAAAGGCUACAACAACUGGGACGAAACCAAUCGAAUUUCGUGAUGGCGUCAUCUAUCCCGCCAAGUCGAUAAACCCACCACCCACUGAACGUGUCAUGGACAUGAUCGCGAACGAUCCGGAUCUAAAGACAACCUAUGAAAACAUGCAGAAAGCUGGCUUUCCAUCAGUUCUACAACAGAAGAAACCAAAUUAUGCUUUCCUUGCACCACAAAACCAUGGAUGGGUGACGCGAGAGAAGGAAAAGGCUUACAAUCCGAGCCAAAUGCACAAGUUAAUGGAACUCCACACCAUUCCUCAUCAACUGAUUACUGGUAAGGAUGGAAACGUUGGACCGGAAACCAUCCAGACGCUGGAUUCACUGAAUGGACAGAAACUCAAAGUCAAAAAAACCUUCGAUGGCAGCACCUUUGUUGGGCACGACCAAAUGGACCCAAAGCACUGGGUGAGUUAG